AUGGAAAAUGCUUUAUUAAAACCAAAAUCAAAAAGAUCAACAUCUUCACAUUUAUCACAAAAUUUAAUGCCACCUAACACUGUUAAUACCAAAGCUCCAAUUACCACAGCUACUACAUCAAUAUCGAUAACGCCUUCAAUAACUUCUAAAGACAAUAACAACAACCCCGGUAUUAUUAAUAGUAUUAACCUAUCAUUACCAAUACACACUGACAAUAUUUAUGUUCGUAAAAGAGAUGGAAGACUAAGACGGUGUGAUAGAUGUAACGAUGUGAAACCUGAUAGAUGUCAUCAUUGCUCAGAAUGUGACAAAUGUAUACUAAGAAUGGAUCAAUCGUUCGUAUUUGGAAUAUUAUUAACAGGAUUUACAGCAGUCCAUACCAACCUAUUAAUUAAUAAUAAAACAACAAUAGAAAAUCUUUCAUUUAAAUCAAGAAUUUAUCAUCUAAAAAUAUCGCUUAAUAUUGGUAAUAGUGUCGUUGAUGGUAUUAAUAGUAGCACUAGUAAUUUUAGCAAUAAUAGCACAAAUGAACGGAUUUUUGUGAGUAGCAGACGCGGUGAAAAUAUAUGGGACUUGGGAUACUCGAGGAAUUGGAAAUCAGUGAUGGGCGAUAAAUGGUGGCAAUGGUUUUGUAAAGCAAUUCAUUGA